AUGGAGCGUUUCCUUGGCAUUCAACAUGUGUCUAAAACGACAACUAUUUCGCUAAAGGCUAGUAUUGAAGCUUUAUUUGCUACUCAUGGUUUAACUAUUUCAAGAUUACGUGACCAAGGUUAUGAUGGAGCAAGUAAUAUGUGUCACAAAAAAUACAAUGAUGUUAGAGAUCUUUUUAACUUUGUCACUAGUAUCUUGAAUGUUGUUGGAGGAUCGUGUAAAAGGCGAGAUAUCCUUAGAGAUAAACAAGAAGCCAAGAUCAUUGAAGCACUUGAGGGAGGAGAAAUUUCAAGUGGAAGGGGUUUGAAUCAAGAAACUACUCUAAGACGACAUGGUGAUACACAGUGGGGCUCACAUUAUCAUACAUUGGUUCGGUUGGCUUCUAUGUUUUCUUCCGUACUAGAUCUACUUGAGAUUAUUAGAGUGGAUGGUUCAAGCUCUGAACAUAAGACUGAAGUUGCUGUCUUAUUAGAGGUAAUGCAAUCCUUUGACUUUGUUUUCACUCUUCAUUUAAUGAUGAAAAUAUUGGUACUUACAAAUGAACUUUCACAAGCAAGAAAAGAUCAAGACAUUGAGAAUGCAAUGGAUUUGGUGAAAGCAUCUAAGAUACGCUUGAGAAGUAUGAGAACUAGUGGUUGGGAUAGUUUGUUAGAGGAAGUUUCAUGCUUUUGUGACAAGCAUGACAUUGAUGUUCCAAACAUGAAAGAUUUAUAUAAAGCUCGUAGCCGUCCAAGAAGGAAUGCUCCAAAAAUCACCAACUUGUUUCAUUUUGAAGUUGAAUUGUUUAACACUAUCAUAGAUAGACAAGUUCAAGGGCUUGAUAAUCGGUUCACUGAGACAACAACAGAAUUACUUCGUUGUAUGGCAUGCUUGAAUCCAAGUGACUCCUUUUCUCCUUUCAAUAAGGAAAUGUUGGUUCGUCUUGCUGAAUUCUAUCCAGAAGAAUUUUCUAUGGUGGAUUUUAUGGUGCUUGGUAAUCAACUUGAGACUUAUAUUAUUGAUAUGCGUAACAAUGAAAAAUUUUCAGGUAUCAAAGGUAUUGCGGGUCUUGCUCAAAAGAUGGUAGAGACAAAGAAGAAUGUAGUGUUUCCGUUCGUGUAUACGCUUAUCACGUUGGCAUUGAUCUUACCGGUUGCAACUGCAACUGUGGAGAGGGUAUUUUCUGCUAUGAAUAUUGUGAAGAGCCGAUUGCGUAACCGAAUGGGAGACAAAUGGAUGAAUGAUAGCUUGGUUGUCUAUAUUGAGAAAGAAAUUUUUAGUAGUAUUGAUAAUGAGACUAUUAUGAAGCGAUUUCAGAAUAUGAAGACUCAAAGUGUGACCUCGAUGACAAUGCAUCCCAACUCCGCCACUGCGCAUGACAUGGUGGAUUGUGUAAACAAUUGGUCAAUUAUAGUUGCUUGGGUAUUUUUGUACAGAAAAAUAGCACAUGAUACCCUUUACAUGUCAUCUUGCCUAAAUCGCACAAUUAAUUUUGUUAGAAUAUCUAAUAACACUCGUUGGGGUGGAGAUAGUCUGGAUUUAUCUCUGAAUAGGGUUAUUCGGGUACAUCUCAGGGAAGUACCCUCAGUCAUCGAUCAAGGUAGAACCGAGGACAACAAUCAUGGAGAAGAUAUUUGA